AAUUUUUAUUUACUUGUAAUAAUGUGCUCAUCCUCAGUCAGAUUUGCGACUUAACCCAUACCACCCGGAAUGAGGAAGUUUUAUUUAUCGGUACAUUUACGCUGAAAUUAGGUACAUGUAUGUAUUUGUUCCGUUGAUAUCCUGUGCACAUUAACAACAACUCACGAAAGCAAGUAUUUAUUUACUCUUGAACUGCAACAUAUUUUAUACUGACUCUGGUUAGCGAAUUGUUAUUUAGGACGGAUAAUUGAUAAAUCGAUAUUCAAAAUAAACCUUAUUUACUUUGCCGUGCUGAAUCCAAAUGAUCAAACCAAUGGCAUGGCAACAUUUUCAGUGUAGCAUUAAACUUACUUUAUGCACGUUGAGCUGCAUUUUUAUGUCAUUUCGAGUACUGUAAGCGAACAGAAGUUGAUGAUCUGGUGUUUUUAAUGUGUCGGCUUGAAAUUAUUGGUGUUGAACUUUUUGCCAUAAAAGUUUAAAAUUCAAUUUGAUUCGCUAAUUGUUCUGAGAAUGUUGAAAUUCUGUGAUAUAUCUGCAGUGCUGAUGAAGGUGUAUUUGUAACCUGUAAUCUGAUCCUGCAGAAUAAAAUUGUCAUGAUGAAGAGGUGCUUAGCAAGUUUUGAGAGUGUGGUGAUACAAAUCCUAGCAUUAUUUUGUAAUUGUGCUCAAAACGUAGGUGGUGCUGUUUUCCCUUGUGGGCGUCCUUCAAACUCCAACAACCUGACAGGACCGGGCAUUCUCAGCCCAGUCGACAUCCCAUGGUCAGUGGCAAUAACUGUCAGGUCGGAAUUCACGACGGAUGCCACAUUUUCUGCAGUUCUAAUCUCGCCCUCCCUCGUUCUCGCCUCGGCCCACUAUCUCCUAGAAAAAGGUACUCACAGAUUUCACAUUUAUCCCUAUUCGGAUUAUGUGGCUUCCAUGGCUACCCGGAAGGGAGGUGACCCCAUCCAUUCAGACCCCAACGCUAUCAUGGUCUCUCUCAAGCAUAUUCAAAUCCAUCCCCAGUACGAGGAGGGGAACUGGACCCACUGGAUAAAUGAUUAUGCCCUCUUUCAUCUAUCCGAACCUGUGCAUGAUCCCCGCGUCGAACCAAUUUGUCUGCCGUCCUCUGAUGACGAGGCCCUAAUUACGGAACUGAGGAGUCCAACGCUUUCAGAAACCGAAGAAGAAUUGGUCGUUACUGGGUGGAACAGAAAUAUUGAUGAGAAUCUGUUCCUCCGGCUAAAAACACAACCAUUCUCGACUUGUAAUAAUUUAUGGCAAAACAAUGAUGAAACAAGACCUAAUGUUUAUCGCAACAAGUGGUGUGCAGUUGUUGGCCAACAAAAUACGCAUUGGACUUGCAUCCACCAGGACGUGGGCGGAGUUCGUCUCAUAAACGGGUCCUACUACUUUAGUGGCAUUGUGGACAAUUUUUACAGUACUAAUGCUUCCAGAAAAUGCUUCUCUGGAGCUGAAUACUACUUUAGAGACCUGAACAAGAAUACGCUAUACUGGAUCGAAAAUAAUUUAAGAUGUGGUCCGGAUAAUUUCACAUGUGGCUCUGGAGAGUGCAUCUCAUUAUCCGCAGUUUGUGAUCAGUCUGUGCAGUGCAAAGAUGGUUCAGAUGAAAAGCCGAAUUAUUGUCGUGGUCGAAAUUUUUGUACCGUAGAUGAGUUUGCUUGUGGUGUGUACGGGGAAUGUAUUCCACAAGAGCAAUAUUGCAAUGGAGUUGUGGAUUGUGAGGAGAAUGGAGAAGAUGAAAAAAACUGUGUCACAAAUGAAAUUCCAAUAGCCAUCGUGACUGGGAUUACCUUGACAUUUCUAGCAAUUGCUGUCACAAUUGUUUUAUUGUGGAGAAGGAACGUUAAUAACUUGAAGAAAAAAAUACGGGAUUUGACCCAGAACGAGGUGGACGAUUUUCUGCUUGGUUGCCCACCAAAAAAGUAUUCAGUUAAAAAGAAGGGGGAAUUAUCCUAUAAUUAUACCCCCGACCCGAUCCAGUCUCAACCCUGGAAUGCCUCUCAUACAAUAGCUUCCGGUGACAUCAAAAUUAAAGAAGAAAUCAAUCGAGGAAACUUUGGAAUAAUUUACAAGGCAACUCUACUCACUAAUAAAUCUGUUACGACAAAAGUUGACCAGUUAGAGGAAGAAGUAGCAGUUAAAACAAAUCUAAAAACCGUUGGAGUGCAGGAUUUCAAAAUUUUGUUGAGUGAAUUAAAAAUUUUGGCCUACGUUGGGGAACAUGCAAAUGUUUUGCGAUUUGUUGGAGCAUGUACCGAAAACAUUAAGCAACGUGAAGUGUAUCUCGUUGUAGAAUAUUGCCCGAAUGGAAAUCUGUACGACUAUUUGAUAAAAAACUCAAAAUAUUUUAUGGCCAACGAAGUCAUGGACAGCAGCAUCUGUGAUCAUCCUGGAGCUAAAAUUACAUCAGAUUAUCAGUUUGACAACUCGCAGUAUGGUUUCCUGAACAUGUAUGACCUGGUCCUCUGGUCUGCACAGAUUGCUGCUGGUAUGGAAUAUUUAGCCUCAAAAAGGAUCGCUCAUGGUGAUCUUGCGACGAGAAAUUUACUUCUAUCUGCAAAUCUGGAUAUAAAAAUAAGUGACUUUGGUCUUUCCCGACAAUUAGGAUAUUCUGGGGUUUACAUAAAAUCCGCAGAUGAACCUGCUCCUUGGAAAUGGCUUGCGAUUGAAAGCUUAAUUUCGCAUUGUGUUUCGGAGAAAAGCGACGUGUGGUCAUUCGGAGUUACAAUAUGGGAAAUUUUUACUCUUGGAAAAACGCCAUACGGAGAUGACUCUCGAUACAAUGCAGCAUUCAUUGAAAAUCUCGUCUCUGGACAUCGACUGCAGCAACCAAAGCUUGCUUCGAAUGAAAUAUAUGACAUAAUGUCAAACUGUUGGAAACCUUGUGCUACAGAUCGUCCAACAUUUGGUGAACUUCGUGAUGAAUUAAUCACCAUUCUUCACACAUGCAACGGAACGAGUAAAAGAAGUAGUGGAAGCAGUGACUGCAAAGAGGCUCAAUUAAAUUAUAUGACCGUUUUGGAUAUAUAAUUCGUAAUAUCACAACUUGAAACCACUUUCUAUUCAACUAAAAUUCUUGCUAAGCAUUUCAACAUUCAGAACUAAAACUAUAUCUCAACUACCCUACAUAAAUGUAGUUAUGCAUAUUUCUCAAUACACAGAUAAUAUAAUGUACAUGAUAAUAUAAAUAUCUCAAAUAAAAUGUUUUUCAUUUUUUUAUUAA